AUGUAUUCCAAGCUCACUGUUUCCUUCCUCCUUUCCUCUCUACUCUCCAUUUCCAAUGCGGCAGUCCAUGAAAUCGACGUGGGCGAAGACGGCCUACGCUUUUCGCCGGAGAGAGUGGACAACGUCUCCCAGGGAGAUGUCUUGAUCUUCAAAUUGUAUCCCGAGCACACUGUUAUUCAGAGUAACUUCGGCUCUCCCUGCACGCCCGCUGAAGGCGGAUUCUACAGCGGUCCGUUCAGCGGCACGGAUAACGGGAAAAAAGUAUUUGUGGUCAAUGUCACUGGUGAAGGGCCGUGGUAUUGGUAUUGUGGCGUGGACAGGCAUUGCCAGAAUGGGAUGGUUGGGGGCAGAAAUCUACCUUCUCAAGGCGAGACACUCGAUGCGUAUAAGAACAAGGCCAAAAAUGUACAGAACUCGGAGUCGCCUUCUCAGUUGUCCGGCGGCGUGCUCGUCGAGGAAGGGCAAAUCUCGUCCUUGACCGCUUCGGCCGCCUCCACUGCAACUGUGACUGCUACGUAA